CAGGGGGAAAAAGUCGGACUUGGCACCGGAAGCUCAACAUAAUCACCCGGGCCGACAAACCCUCAGUGUGUUUAUAUUUUGGACAGAAGUUUCUUUGCAGACACUCACCUCAGACUAACAAACCCCGCGAGGUCGGAUAAGCUUCUUAUUAAACGACCCACAAAGAAAUAAAACUGGCCCCUCCACUGCCUGUCACCAUGCCCGCCCUGCUGGAGAGACCCAAGCUGUCCAACGCGAUGGCGAGAGCCCUCCACAAACACAUCAUGAGGGAGAGGGAGCGCAAGAGACAAGAGGAGGAAGAGGUGGACAAGAUGAUGGAGCAGAAGAUGAAGGAGGAGGAAGAGAGGAAGAGGACAAAGGAAAUCGAGGAGAGGAUGUCUUUAGAAGAAACCAAAGAACAGGUAAUGAAGAUGGGUGAAAAGCUUCAGGGACUCCAGGAAGAGAAACACCAGCUUUUCUUACAGCUCAAAAAAGUCCUUCACGAAGAGGAAAAGAGGCGCAGAAAGGAGCAGAGGUACGAUAUCACGACGUUGACGUCAGCCAGCUAUCAAUCCAGCCUGCCCAUGCACGCGGGACAGCACAUCCUCAGCAUUCAAGGCAGUCCAGUCAGCCACAGUCGACCUGGCGCUCUGCUUGGAGAACGUAGCAAACAGCUGUUCCCGGCUGCCGUGAUUCCAACGCGUCACUACCAGACGGCAGGCUUCAGCUCGGGCUCAGCAGAGCACGGGCAGUUCAGCGGGGCCCAGGGCGUCCACGAGCCCUAUGGCGUGGCUCAGCCCCAGCACCCCUCCACCUACGCCCCCGGACCAUCGGUGCCUGUCAGUUUCGCGAGCAGCUCUCAGAUCAGAGGUGCAUCUGCCUUUCAGGCCAUGCAGUACCUCCCCCACCAGCAGCCGGGCUACCCCGUCCACAGUCACUUCACCUCCCAGCCUGGAUACAUUCCUGGAGCAGGGAUACCGCUCCAGAAGCAGCUGGAACAUGCAAACCAACAGUCAGGCUUCACUGACGCAGGUGCUUUAAGGCCUAUGCAUCCACCAGCCAUGCAUCCUUCUGCUCCAGGACUGCUGCCUACACCAUCAAUGGCGGUCCAGAUUCCCACUGCAAAGUCCCCGUUCCAGAGCUCUCCCCAGGGUGCUCCUCGCCACAGCUUCCUCCCUCACAGCCAGCCCGGGCAGAGGUUUUACCACCACGGCAAGUAACUCACAGCCACCUUCAUCAUCAUCAUCGUCAUCAUCGUGGAGAUUUCACAGCUCUGUUCAAGAUUCUGGAGAAUCUUUUGGACGAGGAACGGAUCUUCAAAAUGCAGUCAUUAGGCAGGAUUGUGCCAUAUGAUUCAUUUCCUGUAUACUAUCCUGUUUUGAGCUUCUUUUUUUUUUUUACUUCAGAUGUUAAUUUGUAAAAUAGAUUCUUUUACCUACACUGUGAAGCCUUUCUGGAGGUGCUUCAAUGUUUAUAACAUGUACAAAGCAAGACUGCAUGAACCAGAGCUGAUCCCUUGUAUACUAACAUUCACAAACACGUCAUGAGACGCUUUAGUGUCUCUGCUCUUUAAAAACUGGCAUAAAGGCAUAAAAAUAUUCAGUUAGAAUACACACUACUAUAGGUCAAACAUUGAUUCUACAUCCUGUUCCUCUGUGGUGACUCCUGGUUCAGUCAAGAUGGACAUUUAUCUGACAAAGUGUUUUAGUUUUAAGUCCGCUGUUUUUAAAGCUUUUAUGUUGCAGAAUAAAACCAUAAGCAAACGCCA